GCUUGGGACAACACGAAAUCAGCACCGUCGAAAACAUUAAUCAGCGCUUAUACUUCCAAGAUCUGAACUCGAGAAAAGCGUCAUUCACCGUCCGAUGACAAACCCCAUGUUUUUCCACACAUCAAACAGUGCACGAUCAGCCUACCCCAUGCGUUGACCACGUGACUACAUCACAAUUCCAAAGGCUAAGCCUCGACACAUCGAAAAUUCUAAACCCUAGCUUGGCUUUACUCUACUCUCGUCUAUGAUCAUCCUCUGCAUCAAUCUCUUCCCACUCUCAGAUCAACCUGCAUUCAUUCUCGUUAUAUUGUGAGACAUACAGUGAAAUAUUAUAUGCUGCAUUUUUUAAAUUCGAGCAUCGACCACUAUUGAGACCUCCAGGGAACGGCACAGGAAUGGAUUCUGGAUCUGCUAAUUCUACUGUGGAUCCUGAGGUGAAACCUUCCGUGAAUGUAGAUACAGGAACACAUAAUUCUAUGGGUGAUCCAUCACCAAAACUAUCCACUUCUGGUAUAUCAACAUGGGCCAAAAAUUUGAAAAUUCCUCAGCCAUUUGCUGGCACACAAGAAGACUCACCAACAGGUAGUUCUGCAAAAUCAACUUUUGCACGUUUUACCAGUGGCUUUGGAUUGCGCUUGUCUCCAAAAUCUCCCCAGGCAGAAGAUGUUUCUGAGGGAACUUCAACAUCUGCACAACCAGGUUUAAUUGGAACAAUUACAAAAAGUUUGGUUGAUUCAUCUAAGAGUGCAGUCAAGGCCGUACAGGUGAAAGCUAGACAUGCUGUCUCUCAAAAUAAACGAAGAUAUCAGGAGGGAGGAUUUGAUUUGGAUAUGACUUAUAUUACUGAGAAUGUAAUUGCUAUGGGGUUCCCUGCCGGUGAUAUGAGCUCAGGGUUCUUUGGAUAUGUUGAAGGAUUCUAUCGAAACCACAUGGAAGAGGUCAUUAAAUUCUUUGAAACCUAUCACAAGGACAAAUACAAAGUGUACAAUCUUUGUUCUGAGAGGCUUUAUGAUGCAACCUUGUUUGAAGGAAAGGUAGCUAGUUUUCCAUUUGAUGACCACAAUUGCCCCCCAAUUCAGCUGAUAAUAUCAUUUUGCCAUAGUGCAUAUUCAUGGUUGAAGCAAGAUAUUGAGAAUGUUGUUGUUGUGCACUGUAAGGCUGGAAUGGCAAGGACAGGGUUAAUGAUUUCUAGCCUUUUACUGUAUUUGAAGUUCUUUCCUACUGCUGAGGAAUCCAUUGACUACUACAAUCAGAAAAGAUGUGUGGACGGGAAAGGGCUUGUUCUGCCCAGUCAAAUUAGGUAUGUCAAAUAUUUUGAACGUGUCCUAACAUACUUCAACGGAGAGAACCAGCCUGGGCGUAGGUGCAUGCUUAGGGGCUUUCGGCUUCACAGGUGUCCAUACUGGGUCAGACCCCACAUAACUGUGUCUGAUCAUAAUGGUGUUCUCUUCUCCACAAAAGGGCAUCCAAGAACCAAGGAUUUAUCGUCCGAAGAUUUUUGGUUUAGUGCUCCAAAGAAAGGGAUUAUGGUUUUUGCCUUGCCUGGAGAGCCAGGUUUGACAGAGUUGAAAGGCGAUUUCAAAAUCCAUUUUCAUGAUCGCCAAGGAGAUUUUUACUGCUGGUUAAACACAACAAUGGUGGAAAACAGAAAAAUUCUGAACACCAGUGAUCUUGAUGGGUUUGACAAGAGGAAAUUGCCUUCACCAGGAUUCCAGGUGGAGGUUGUAUUAGUAGAUUAUAAUGGCCCUGUUCCGGCAAGCCCAAGUUCUGAAACUGUUACCAAGAAAUCAGAUGAAAACUCAGGUUCUGGUCCUCCUGCCAUUAGUCAUGGUAUAGCUUCUCCAAAUGAAAAUAAGGAGACAGCAAAUCCCGAUCACGAUGAUGUGUUUUCAGACAGCGAGGCAGAAGGUGGUUCUUCCAAAAGCAAGAAAGGUCCAGCUGCUGGAGGAACUGCCUCCUCCACCUUUGGUUCUGAAACAAAAAAUAAUUCAGAUAAAGUUACUAAAUUAGCACAUGCAACAGAACAAGUUUCGUUGAGUAAUGUUGCCGACACCCUACCAAAACCUGCUACUAGUGAGCCGAAAAAGGAAGCAGCAGUAGAGGGAGCUAUCCCAGUCCCAGGCCAUGAGGUUCCAAACACACAAAGUGAAUUCAAGGCUAUGGCUGCCGAUGCGUCUGUGUUUUCUUUUGGAGAUGAAGACGACUAUGAAAGCGAGUGACCCGGUUGGCUUGGAAUUAGAAGGUAUGUACAUAAAGUGGUUAGCAAGUUAUAUGUACAAGUAGGGAUGAUGUGCAAUCUAUUCUGUAAAUCAAAAGUUGGCUCGGCAGAGAAUGAAUUGUUCCAUUAAAAUAUGGCUGGAAUUUAUGAAAUUUGUUGGAAAACAGAAAACUACAAUAUAUAUGUUCAAAUUAAUCUGUUGGUAGUUUUCUUCA